AUGGAGGGGAAUCUUGAGAAGACUGACAGUCUCAGUGAACGUGCUCUGAAGGUUAAUCUCCAUGAAAAACUGGAACAGAUGCCUACACUGCCUCCAGCCGCCACCACAAGACCUGGUGAACCAUCUACAAGUACCACCACAACUACCACAACCACCACUCAUGCUCCAGCACCAGGAUUCUGCAAUGGAAAGCCAGAUGGACUCUACUCCCAUUCCGAGGACCCAAUGAAGUUUUAUAACUGUGCAGGAGGCAAUUCUUACCUGAGUUCCUGUUCUGUGGGCACAGUGUUUGAUGACAGAUUUACUUGUUCAAGACUGGUGUGUUACUUCACAAAUUGGUCUCAGUACAGAGCAGGAGCAGCUAGGUACCUUCCGGAGUAUGUGGACCCAAACUUGUGUACUCAUUUAAUCUAUGCAUUUGCCAAUAUAAACUAUAUAGCAGGUAGUGAGUGGAAUGAUGUGGCAUUCUACUCAACCUUCAAUGCACUAAAGAACCAAAAUCCUCAAUUGAAAACCUUGCUGUCUGUCAGAGAUCAGGACUCAGGCCAAUUCUCCAACAUGUUAUCCAAAUGGACCAACCGCCAGACAUUCAUCAAGUCUUCCAUAGAAUUCCUUAGGAAGCAUAGAUUUGAUGGACUGGAUUUGGACUGGGAACACACUCCAGAAGAGCCACCGGAAGAUAAGCUGAAAUAUACACUAUUGUGCAAGGAAAUUUUGGAAGCAUUUCUAGCUGAAGAUGCAAACAAAGACACAAGACUGAUUCUGACAGCAACUGUAUCAGCACAGAGAGAAGUAAUUAAAAGGAGCUACAAUAUUCCAGAGAUCUCAAAAUAUUUGGACCAUAUUAGUGUCAAGACAUUCGAUUUUCAUACCUUUGAAAAUGGAAUUGUAAGACAUCACAGUCCUUUGUACAGUAGUAUCCACGAUGAGGAGAAUGCCUACACAAACACUGAUUAUGCCCUACAAUACUGGCGAGUCCAGGGAGCUCCUGCUGAGAAGUUAUUGAUGGGGUUUGCCACUUAUGGCCGCUCCUUCAUCCUCUCCUCCACUCAGAGUGGUGUUGGUGCCCCGGCCAAUAACUUUGCUUCCCCUGGACCUUUUACUCAAGAGAUGGGCCUGUGGUCUUAUUUUGAAGUUUGUCUGUUCCUAAAUGGUGGUGUGAUACAGUGGCUAGAGGACCAGAAAGUUCCAUUUUCUGUUAAAGGGAAUGAAUGGGUGGGUUUUGACAAUCUAAAAAGCUUUGAGACAAAGAUAAAAUACUUACAAGAACAUAACUUUGGGGGAGCAUUUGUGUGGACUCUGGACCUGGAUGAUUUUUCUGGAUAUUUCUGUGGUCAAGGCAAUUACCCUUUAGUCCGCCAACUGAAGAAACUGUUAAUAGUUGGAGAAAAAGAAGAAAUGCAUAUUUCCGUGACUACAAGCACCAGCAUUUCCAUCGACACUUUUGCAGUGGUUGGGCAGAGCUCUUCACGACCAACAACAUGUAUGAAGACUCUCAGCUCUCUUCCAGCACCGGAAAGCCAGUUCUGUGCAAAUAGACCAGAUGGAUUUUAUCGCAAAACAGAUGAUCUUAAUUUAUUUUAUAUAUGCCAUAGAGGUUAUGCAAGAACGUGUUCUUCAUCCAGAGGAUAA